AUGAAAUUCCGUUUUCUUCUAUUUCUUUUAUUAAUUCUAGCUAGAUGUUGCCUAGCUGAUUGGAAUAAUUGGAACUGGGGACCACCACAACAACCUCAAUUACCGAACAAUAAUUUGGCUAUUGGUUAUCCUACUGCUUAUGGAUUGUAUGCUGGAAGAGGGUAUGGCAACAACAAUGGAUAUAAUGGAGGGGGACCUCCUAACGCAGGCACUGGCUUCGGCAGCGCUGUACGCUGCUUGAACGGAGGUGCCCAUAUCGGUCAAUGCCGGCUGGAUCAAGAUUCCAUUUGUAUUGCUCUUGGAGGAACUUGUAGUCAUGGAGCUUGCUGCACCACUCCUUUUGUUAGUAUGCUCGGUGUUAACGGUUUGACUACAGAAGCUCCAGAAGUGAUAGAUGGUGAAACCACUAAAAAAAAGAAGCCAAAAAGGAAAUUGGUGAUCGCCACCACUACAGUAAUACCAGAUGGUGAUGAAGGUGAUGAGGAUGAUGAUGCAAUGAAGUCGAAUGAACUAGAAGAAUGGAACACAUUAGUGGAACGUGCUAGAACAACCACUACCACCGAGCCACCUAUCAUAGAAGAAAUGGUUACAGUGUCCCCUUAUAUAGAGGAGAAUGAGGAUAGGAAAUGCUCAUCAGGCCUUCGCUCCGUCGGUCCAUGUUCAGAAGACUCCGAUUGCCCGACUCUUCACCAAUGCGAGAAGGAGCAGUGCUGUUAUUUAUUAUUGCGAUGA